AUAUGAAUCUUACUGCAGUAUCCGUAUGCACGCGUCGAAUAUUGGAAUCACGCAUUUCAACAGCUGAUUUUCUACAUAAAUAAUAACUUUUUUUCAAGUUCUCGAUGAACUUGAUAUGAAAAAUAAUUAUAAAACCAAAGUAUUAGUUUAAUUUAUUAUUACAAAUAUGGUUUAUUUCUUUGAAAGUGAUGUGGUUCAACCGCCAGUUACUUUAUUUAUGGGUGCUGAUGAACGUGAAAAUGAUGAUCUUAUAAAAUGGGGUUGGCCUGAAGAUGUCUGGUUUCAUGUUGACAAAUUUUCAUCAGCUCAUGUUUAUAUUCGACUUCGACCAGGGGAAACUAUUGAUGAUAUUCCAAGUGCAGUUUUAGAGGAUGCUGCGCAGUUAGUAAAAGCUAAUAGCAUCGAGGGAAACAAAGUUAAUGAUGUAGACAUUGUUUAUACUAUGUGGACCAAUUUAAGAAAGACUCAGGGAAUGGAAGUUGGUCAAGUUGGUUUUCACAAAGACAAAGAGGUCAAAAAAAUUCAUGUUACCAAAAGAAUUAAUGCAAUUAUUAACCGUUUAAACAAAACAAAAAAAUCAGCCUCUCCGAAUUUACGGCAGGAACGUGAAAAAAGAGACAGAAAUGAAAGAGAGGAUAAAAAAAGACUUUUGAAAGAAUUAAAAGAGAAAGAAAAAGCUGAGGAAUUAAAAAGACAAGAGGAAGCUGAGAUAAGAAGUUACUCAUCAUUAUUUAAAGAAAGUAAAAUGACAGCAAACACAGAAACAGGAUAUGAUUCUGAUGAUUUUAUGUGAUGACGAUAUUCUAAAAAAAUUAGGUUUUAGAAAGAGAAAUGUGCCUGAAUAAGUCAUUGAAAAAAUCAGACAAGUAUUAUGUAAACACAACAUAAUAUAUGUUAAACUCUUUUAUUAUUGUAAAAUACUUGUUUUCAUUAUUUUAAGUUAAUAUUAACUGACUGUAAGGCAUCCACAAUCCAUUGUGGAUAAUUUCGUUCAGGGUAAAGAUUGAGCAUGUAAUUUUUUACGAAUUCUGGAAAUUUCUGAUCAUUAAUACUAUCUCUAAUAUCACUCAUUAGCUUCAUUUGAAAAUAAAUAUUAUGAACAGUUAACAAAUGACAUGCUAUCGUUUCCUCUGUUACAAUAUGAUGUAAAUAUGAACGAGUAUGUGUUUGGCAGGUACUACACUUACAGGAUUCAUCAAGCGGUUUGUAAUCAAACUGAUAAAUUUUUUGUUUUAAAUUCAACUGCCCUGUUCUAGUUAAUGCACAACCAAACCUCUGAAAAAAUAUAUUAAUGUUACAUAGAGUUAA